GGUUAGGACCAAAAAGGUGCUGAAAUAAGCUUAUCACAAGUAUAGAAAGCUACAAAUGGGAAGCUAGCUUCAACCUCUUCUGCUUUUCACUCGUAUAAUUCUCUAUAUUACAUUCUCAAUUUUGCCAUCAGCGUAUUAAGCCACGAAUCUGUAAUAUUUCUCUGAGCAUGCAUGUUUGUAUGGGAAGUGGUUAGGACCAAAAAGGUGCUGAAAAAAGCCUAUCACAAGUAUAGAAAGCUACAAAUGAAAGCUAGCUUCAACCUCUUCUGCUUUUCACUCGUUAAUUCUCUAUAUAACAGUCUCAAUUUUGCCAUCAUAGCCUAAUACGGACUAUUUCCUAGACUAGAAGGGGUUUUUUGUUAGUCAUGUUGCUGCUAAAACUACACAUCGGCGGUUUGGAUUUGUCCCAAGUCUUUCUUUGAAACUGUGGAUGGGAGAUUUGCGCGACGAUGAGACGCUUGAUGUUGAACUGUGCAGUUAAUGCACAUAAAACCUUUAGGAUCAGGUGGUUGGUUUCGUCUACUUCUCAAUUUAAAAGGUCAUUUAUGCAGUGUACCUCCGCCUUACAGGGGGACACGGUUUGCAAUGGGACACAGGGGAAGAAGUUGCUUUUAGACUCGCAACUGUUUGAUGCGAAGUUUGAGGAGCUGGUUACAGAGCUGACAGAGGGGGACCUCCAGGAUCUCGGGGUGGCCGAUGCUCUAAGCAGGCUAAAAGAGAUAUUGAGGUACAAUGUUCCCGGAGGCAAGAAGAACAGAGGAUUGUCUGUGAUUGCCUCCCUGAGGGAGCUUCUUCCAGCCUCCCAGCUCACCCAAGAUGCAGUACAGAAAGCUUUGCUGGUUGGCUGGUGCAUAGAAAUGCUUCAAGCCUUUUUCCUCAUGGCUGAUGACAUCAUGGAUGCAUCUGUGACUCGAAGAGGACAGCCCUGCUGGUAUAAGAGGGAUGGAAUAGGGCUGGAUGCAAUAAAUGAUUCUUUCCUUGUCGAGUCAUCAAUAUACAGACUUCUUCUGAGGCAAUGCAGGGAUCAGCCCUAUUAUGUCCAUUUACUGGAGCUUUUUAACGAAACCACGUUUCAGACUGAGCUUGGUCAGACGCUGGACCUCAUAACUGCUCCACCCGGUCAGAUUGACCUGAACAGAUUUACCAUGGAAAGGUAUAAGGCCAUUGUGAAGUACAAGACUGCCUUUUACUCUUUUUAUCUCCCAGUAGCCUCUGCAAUGUACAUGGCAGGAAUUGAUAGUGAGGAGGAACACAACAAUGCAAAACACAUCUUAUUGGAGAUGGGAGAGUUCUUCCAAAUACAGGAUGACUUCUUGGACUGUUAUGGUGACCCUGCAGUGACUGGAAAGAUCGGAACAGACAUCCAGGACAACAAAUGCAGCUGGUUGGUUGUGAAGGCUCUGGAAGUAAUGACUCCUCAGCAGAGAUCUGUUUUAGAGGCUUGCUACGGCCGCAAGGAUGAGGCCAGCGUGGCAAAGGUCAAAGAGCUCUACAACUCCCUCCAAAUGCCAAUGCUGUAUCACACCUAUGAAGAGGAGAGCUAUCAGCGGCUGCAGAAACUCAUCGCUCAGCAUGCUCAGAACCUUCCUCACGCCAUCUUCCUCAACUUUGCCAAGAAGAUUUACAAGAGGAACAAAUGAGGUGUUGGGGCUGGCUCUAAAGAAAGCAGCAAAACAAAAAAAAAUCUGAAAUGAACUCAGAGUUGAAAAGAUCAGGUCAUCUCACUUUUUGGGUGAAGUUUCAGAGAAAUCUGAUCAGAAAUAUUUGAGUAGCUUUUCAUUAAGUUAAAACGGUUUGGUGAUUGUCAUUGCACAGCCGUAUAUGGUGAAAUAAAGGGCUCAUUUGGUCCUUAAAUUCUCAACAAGGUGUUUAUAUAGAUGAAAAUGUUAAAGGAAGGGGCAGUGCUUUCGUUAAAGCAGACAUGUACUGGCCGAUGAUUUCCUCACACCUUUUUAAAGUAUU